AUGUCUGAAGAUCCAUUUGAUUGGAAAACACUUGAGAAUAAUACAACACUUUCACUUCAAUACCAAUGCCAACAAAAAAGGCUUUUCCCAUCAGAAUAUACGAGAAAGCAAAUGAUCGCAGUUUUGACUGAAUAUCGUCAUAACCAUCCAAAUUCAACAUAUAACUCAGCAAAUGCAUCAGCUCACUCUUCAAGGCAUGUUUCUCCGAGAUAUCCUGAUGAAUCUGAGGCUCUGAGAAAAGCAAAGAAAAAUCAAAUGACAAUAUACCAAUUUAUUCACACGCCGAAUCCAAUUGUAUUAACAGCUGCCCUUGUUUGCACUUGCUUAUCCAUUUUUAUCCUUUUUACGUUUUUACUUCCAUCCAAAUAA